UUCUUUUUACAUGACGCGAACUAUACCAUUUGAGAUAUUGCAUAACAUUAUAAAAUAAAUAGUGCUUAACACGCUUUACAUUACGUCUGUUAUCGCGCCAGUUAUAUAUAGAAUAUAAAUUUUGACGAAUCCAUAUUAAAAGUGUGACCUUGCUACAGAGCUAAUCAGUCUGUUUCGACUAUCGACACCGAUAGGUUCACGAUGAGUUUCACCGGUAAGGUCGUAAUUAUAACCGGCGCCAGCAGCGGGAUCGGCGCUAGCGCAGCGGAAUUGUUCAGCAAAGAGGGCGCUCACGUCGUCAUCGUCGGCCGUAACCAGGACUUGCUCGCCGCGUCAGCGGCACAAUGUAACUCGCCCCUCGUGGUCCGCGCGGACAUCACCAUCGAAAGCGAAGCCCAGCGUGUCGUAGACGAAACAAUUAAAAAGUUCGGCCAGAUCGACGUUUUAGUAAACAACGCUGGCGGAAUACCGUUGACAAUUGGUCUCCUGGAAGAUGGCGUGAUGCAAGCCUUUGACGAUGUUAUGAAUCUCAAUCUUCGUUCCGUUGUUCAUUUAACGACCCUAGCAGCGCCUCACCUGAUCAAGACUAAAGGUAAUAUCGUGAAUGUAUCAGCCAUGGCCGGAGUGACACCACCGUUUCGUCCAGGAGUGACGAGCUACUGCGUCGCAAAAGCAGGUUUGAAUCAUUUCACCGUCUGUGCCGCGGUCGAGUUAGGCUCUUACGGUGUGAGAGUAAACGCAAUCAGCCCUGGACCAGUGAGAACUAACUUUAAACAGAACGCCAAAUUUACUGACACCUACGAAGAUACCGCUAAAUUUACUAUACUCAAAAGGGUGUCGGAGCCGGAGGAAAUAGCCAACUUAAUUUUGUUCCUGGCGAGCAGCAGGGCCAAAGGUGUCACGGGAGUCAACUGGUACAGCGACAAUGGUUUUGCAAUUCAGCAUUAACCCCAAUGUAUUUUUUUUUUAAUAUAAAUAACUAUUAAUUGAUAAUAAUAUAUGUACUAAAUUAAUUGCACUGUUUUCAUCGCGAAAUGAGAAUAAGUAAAAUAUGGCAAUUUAAAAAUCUAUCUCAUCAAUGCUAAUCUAUUUAAAGAAAAUUUGUUCUACGAAAUAUGAAAAUGAUACAUGUAUAUUAUAAUUAAUGUAAAUAAAUUUUGUAAAAUCGUA